GGUAUCAGAGCCAUCAUCCCUCUCACGAGCUCGAUCAUGGCCACUCCUAAUAAUUCCCCAAACUCUACUGCCUCAAAAACCUCCACAACUGCUGCUGUCACUGUCCUCAACUCAGGCCUAACCAACGGCCCACUUUCCUUCAACUCAGCCGCGUUUCCGAUGAAACUAACUCCCACAAAUUAUUUAUCUUGGAAAGCUCAAUUUACCUCUUUGCUUGCAGGUUAUGAACUUGAUGGCUAUCUUGAUGGCAGACAUCCCUGUCCAGUUGCAACAGCACCUGAAUACAGCUUAUGGGCACGCCAAGAUCAACUUCUACGCCAUGCCCUCAUCACCUCCGUAUCGGAGAAUAUUACCCCAUAUAUUGCUGCUGCUGCUACAGCCCAACAGGCGUGGGAAACCUUGGCCAAACUCUAUGCCAAUCGUUCCCGCACUCGGGUAAUCACACUGAAGGAGCGACUUCAAAACAUGAAGCGUGCUGGGCGCUCCGUCUCGGAAUAUCUACGAGACCUGAAAACAGUUGCCGAUGAACUUGGGAUCGUGGAUCGACCAUUAACCGACGAUGAUCUCACGGUAUACAUCCUCAACGGGUUGGGACCAGAAUUUAGAGAAAUUGCUGCGUCUCUCCGAGCCCGCGAUUCAUCUCUUUCCUUUGAUGAUUUGCAUGACCGACUUGUUGCUCAUGAAGAGAGCCUUCAUAGGGAAGACAAUCGAGUUGAUUUAACUCCAGCAACUGCUCACUUUGCUGCUGCCCCGAUGGCACCUCGCUCUGGUAUGCAUUCUUCCUCUUUUAUGGGUACCGGCGCCUCACAAAAUAGGAACUCUGUUUUUUUGCAGCCACCGAACCGUGGCAACAGGGGUGUCCAAAACUCCACCAACCGGAACUCUGGGAAUCGGAAGCGUGGUUUUGGACCCAGAUUCAAUAACAGACCUGGUAAUUUUGCAUGUCAGCUCUGUGGCCACACUGGUCACUUUGCCAAAAAUUGUCCAAAUUAUCGUGUGCAAGCCGUCAGUCCAAUGGCCAAUAUUGCUUCUUCCUCGGUCGCCUUCUCUGAUGAUUGUCUCUUGGAUUCUGGGGCCAACAAUCAUGUUACUACUGACUUGACCAACUUAGCACUUCAUUCUGAAUACAAUGGACCUGAUGAAUUGCAAAUUGGCGAUGGUACAGGUUUGAAAAUCACCCAUGUGGGUCACUCCACGCUCUCCACUCCCACUUCUUCUUUACCUUUACGCAAUGUUCUUUGUGUUCCCUCUGCUUCACGAAACUUAAUUUCCGUUUCUCAAUUAUGCAAAAUUGCCAAUGUUUCUAUGGAAUUUCAUUCUAAUUUCUUUUUGGUGAAGGACACAUGCACGGGGGAGACACUACUAAAAGGACCCAACAUUCAUGGGAUCUACCAAAUUCCCGGAAAAAUUAAUCCGAGACCACAAGCACUAGUGGGAGUGAGAACAACUAUGGCGAAUUGGCAUUCACGCUUAGCUCAACACGGUAUUUCUCAUUUUAUAACUCCUCCAUAUACACCAGAACUUAAUGGUAUCAGUGAGCGUCGGAACCGACACAUAGUUGAGAUUGGUCUCACACUUCUCCAUUCCAGCUCACUCCCUAUUAAGUUCUGGUCCCAUGCCUUCCAAACCUCGGUUUAUCUCAUCAACCGCCUCCCAUCUUCUUCUUUGUCUAAAAGUUCACCCUUUGAAAAAUUGUUUAAAAUUCGUCCAAACUAUCUUAAACUUCGGGUAUUCGGGUGUUUGUGUUAUCCUUGGCUUCGGCCAUAUAAUUCUCACAAACUUCAAUUUCGAUCUCGUCCAUGUUUGUUUUUGGGGUACUCCACCACCACCCUUGGGUACAAAUGUCUUGAUUUGGUCUCCAAUAAAAUUUUUCAUUCUCGGCAUGUGGUAUUUCAUGAAACUUAUUUUCCCUUUCACAAUAAAUCUGCCCUAUCCUCCCCUCCGGUUUCUGCCCUUUUGGAUCCAUCCCGUGACAUGCCAUUGUUCUCUCUCCCCGGUGCACCUCAUGAGCAGCUGGUCCAGGUAGUGUCCUCUCCGUUGCCCAAUGUCCAUACCGCCCCCUCUACUCCCUCUGCACCUGCUGUCCCGAAUGCUCUUCCUCCCCUUCAACCGUCCGUCCUUCACCCUACAUGCCCCACAUCUUCUCCCACUUUAGCACAUGGGCCCUCCAACUCCUCAUCCCCAGCUCACCAUCCUUCGGCAACCUCUCCUGCCACUUCAUCCCAUCCCGCCUCUCCAUCUUCCAUAACCCAUGCCAUGCCACCAUCUCCUCCACCAAGGCCCGAUCUUCCUAUCCGUAACAAUCCUAUCCGGACCCAUCCCAUGACCACUCACUCCCUCAACAAUAUCUUUAAACCUAAAGUGUUACAUCAAGCCUUCACCACCUCUCCCAUUGUGGCUAGUGAACCCACAUGUGUGACUCAAGCCCUUAAAGAUCCCAGUUGGCGACAGGCCAUGUCUGAUGAAUUUAGUGCUCUAGUUCGGCAAGGUACGUGGGAACUGGUUCCACCUGCCCCUACACAGCAUUUGAUUGGUUGCAAGUGGGUAUUUCGUUUAAAACGGACUAAAAAUGGUACCAUUGAUCGUCAUAAAGCUCGCCUUGUGGCUAAAGGCUUUCAUCAACGCCCAGGCUCCGGAAAUCCAUUUAUGGCCUUAAACAAGCUCCUCGAGCUUGGUUUCAAGAGCUUAAGGACUUCAUCUUGUCGCAGGGCUUUACACACUCCCGAUCGGAUACUUCACUUUUUAUUUAUCACAAAGCCUCUACCUGGAUCUAUUUUCUGGUGUACGUAGAUGAUAUUAUCAUCACUGGCAGUGACUCUACUGCCAUUCAUUCCCUGGUUCGUGUCAUGGGGGAUCGGUUUUCUAUUAAGGAUUUGGGCCACCUCAAUUUUUUU